UCCUAGGAAUUGAAGUGGCACAAUCUAAUGCCGGGAUCUGUAUCUCACAGAGAAAAUAUGCUCUGGAUAUUCUUGAAGAAACUGGAAUGUUGGGAUUCUAGACCUGUAGAUACACCAAUGGAUCCCAACACAAUACUUAGUCCAGAUCAAGGAGAACCUCUUGCAGAUCCUGGUAGAUAUCGCAGAUUAAUUGGCCGAUUGAAUUAUUUGACAGUCACUCGGCCAGAUAUUUCAUUUGCCACAAGUAUCCUAAGUCAGUUUCUUGACUCCCCAUGCGAUAGUCAUUGGGACGCAGCUGUUAGAGUCCUUAGAUAUAUCAAAGGUGCUCCAAGAAAAGGUUUGUUGUAUGAAGAUAAAGGACAUAACCAGAUUGUUGGGUAUACUGAUGCAGAUUGGGCAGGAUCUCCAUCUGAUAGACGUUCUACAUCUGGUUAUUGUGUUUUUAUUGGUGGAAACUUGAUAUCUUGGAAGAGUAAGAAGCAAAAUGUUGUAGCAAGAUCUAGUGCGGAAGCCAAAUAUAGAGCUAUGGCACUUGCCACAUGUGAACUUAUAUGGUUGAAGCAAUUAGUUAAGGAACUUAAGUUUUGUGAGCCGAGUAAGAUGGAACUGGUGUGCGAUAAUCAAGCUGCCUUACAUAUUGCUUCCAACCCUGUGUUUCAUGAACGGACCAAGCACAUAGAGAUUGAUUGCCAUUUCAUAAGGGAGAAGUUGCAAAGUGGGGAAAUAGUAACAGCCUUUGUCAACUCCAACGAUCAACUUGCAGAUAUUUUCACCAAAGCUCUCCAAGGUCCUCGGAUACAAUACAUAUGUAACAAGCUUGGUGCAUAUGAUUUAUAUGCUCCAACUUGAGGGGGAGUGUUGAAUAUCAGAUUAGAGAUACAGGCUUUAUAUAAGUUAUUCUGUUUUGAUAUAGUUUCCGUCUUUAGAUAUCUGAUUCUAUUGUAUCUCCUAGUAUUAAAGGGAUCUGAUUCUGUUGUAUCUCCUAGUAUUAAGGAUUUUAUUUCUGUACCUAUAUAUAUAUAUAUAUAUAUUGACGCUGAGAGAUGAUUCUCUCAAGAAAUUCAUCCAAAACACAAUCCUUGUCUCACUCCAUUCGUGUAUUUCAAGUGUAGUAAGGAUGCUUGGUGUUGUAUUCAAGGAGAGUAAUUCCCCAACCUUUAAAAGCUAACUUUGACCGUACAGUUCUCCGGUUUCCUUGGGUAGUUAUUGAGGGUAUCAGAGCAUUUGAUUCAAGCGGAUUCAUAUAUGUACAGCAAUGGAGGCCAAGCUUGAAGGGGACUACAUCCCAGCCAUUGCGAGGAGACAGGAAGAACAUGGCAAGGCCAUGGAGACGACUGCAUUGCAGAUGAGAGUGUUGAUCAGAGAAAGAAUUCCUCACAGAACAUAAACAAGGAGCAAGCUCUGAUGUAGAACACAGUUCCAAACCAGAAUAGUGGGAUCCACAGUUCCUCUGUUUUCAGGUGAUGGUGUGUAUGGAUGGUUGAUUAGGGCAGAAAGCUUCUUCAGACUCAAUGCUUGGAGGAUUAUGAGAAUAUGGAGCUGGCAAUGGUUCAAGGGCGAAGCUCUCCAAUGCAACCAUUUUUAACAACUGUAUCAGAGCUUGUUGUUGGCACACAAAGUGGGCUCCUUGCAGAGGGUUCUGACUAGCAAAAAGCUGAGUAAGAUGUUGUUGAGUAACGUACUGCAAAGUGCAACCUUUAGGAUGUGAGACAAUAUAGGGUGGUGUACUAAUAGAGACCUAUCGGAGUAUGGGAUUCCCAAAGUGCUCCAUCAAGUAGUAUGCCCCCUACCCCUCUCUCCCCAAGCUCGCUCCUUCUCUAUAACAACUAGCUUCUGAGGAUGUGGCUCUCCACUUUCCUUGGGUACUCAUCAACUGGUUUUAAUGAACAGAUCAGAUUAAGUGGCACUGACCCUUGAUUUUUUAUCCUUCAUUUUUUCCCCAAAAAAAUUCACUGAUGUAAAGGGCAGGAAAAAGACAGCAAACAACUAUAUAACCCAUUUUCCAUGAUAUUAUAAUAUCAACUAGCAUCAAUAAAGAAAUAGAGGGGGAAAAAUAACAUUAUAGCAGGAGCAUUUUACUGCUACUUUACAUGAUAAAUAACAAAUUCCUCAAAGUUUCUAAGAUAUAUGAACUCAACAAAAAAA